AUGUCACCAGCAACAUCACCCACAUCGUUCCAACAAAAAGUUUAUGCAGCGUUGAUGCAAAUUCCUAAAGGAAAAGUCACAACAUAUGCUCUCCUUGCACAAUAUAUUGAUUGCAAUUCAAGUCAGGCCAUUGGACAAGCAUUAAAACGAAAUCCUUAUGCUCCUGCAGUUCCUUGUCACCGUGUCAUCAAAUCUGAUUAUAAAGUUGGUGGUUUUAUGGGAGAGACUGUGGGAGAAGAAAUUGAAAGAAAGUUAUCACUGCUCAAGGAGGAAGGUGUUUUAUUUGAUUCCAAACAUGUACUCAUCGACAAGUCGUUGAUAUUCGAUUUUUCAGAUUGUGAACAAGUUGAAUUUUCAAAGCCUACAGGAAACAUCAUGAUGCAACUCACAAAGAAGAUUAAAAAGAGUAGUCUCUACCGAAAGUUGGUGCCCAAGAUUCCGAUAAGAGAAGAGCUCCGAUUGAGUGCUUGGCAGAAAUUCAUAAAGUAUCGACGUUUUCCGUUUAAAUUCUGCACCCACAUGCUUCUACUCAUACUAGUAACAACUCAACUCUUUUUAUUUGCAGGCAAUAGAGAGGACUACCUUUCGAAUGCAGGAAAAAUCAUUGCUAAUAAUUUUCUUCCUCAAGGAUAUCUUUCUUUGAAGGAUGCCAAAACAGGAUUUAAUACUUUUUAUUUCGAUGAUUGUGAGGACAUUGUGAACCAUAUUGGAUGGACUGUGAAUCAAUAUUAUGAUUUGAAAGAAAGAGCUCCGACGUAUUUAGAGUUUGCAGCCAGAGAUGGUAGCGGUUCAUUUGUUUUAGGCAAUUCAAAAUCCGUUGCUAGCUCGAAUUCCAAAUUCAACGUGGAGAAACUGUCCACAGACAACAGCAAGGCGAAAAGUAACGAGGAAACCAAAAGACAAUUAGCUCUCCAGCAAUUGUUUGAGUCUAGAAAUCAUGCACCAACAGCAUUAAUGGAUACUAAACUAAAUUAUUCUUCUCCCAUUGAAAUGAUAAUCACAAGAUAUCAAAACAUUACUUAUCCUAUUGACGAUUAUGUGAAGAGGUUGAACAAGGAUAUAACAAGUGCAACAUUUUUCCUCUCUAAAAACGAUACAUAUGGACCCUUUAAGCAAUACGUUCAAGCAAGUGAGAGAACUGCUCAAAAAACAGCUGCUACCGACCAAGUGGUGAUUAUUGACAGAGAGGGAUUGCAAAAGUACAUGUUCAGUUUUACAGAAAUGACUUUGAAAUUUACUUACAAGAAUAUUUACACGAAGGGUAUUUUCCCCGAAUUACUGAUUUGGGAUAUUACAUUGAGAUACGAUUUUGCAACAGGAGCAGGAAUAGUGCCUGUCACUCUAAGCUAUGAUGUUGGCCUGGGCGCAGAAACUACAAAAGAUAUUUCAGUUUCUGUUCUAUCAUCCCCAUUGACUUGGAUUUCUUUACUUAUAAUAAUGUUGUCCUUAUUUUCAUUGUUCUUAAUUGCACGUGCUUUUUACAGGUCAUUCAAAUUUAUUAGAAAAGCCAUGAAAAAGGAUAGAAGUAUUUUCCAAUUAGUUUAUCAAGAAAGUAAUGACAACUUGGAUGAACCACAGAGCGAGCCAGCAGUCAACGAAUCUACUCCUCUUGUUAGUAUUAAUUCAACACCACCAACAAAGCCUGUUGCCGUCAAAUCUUCUUUAUUGAAGCGAUAUGACAAUGAUAUUUUUAAUGAUAGUUUCACAGGAAGCGCUGUAAGCGGUAUGACUUUUACAAGUCAAUAUUAUCAGCAAAUGUUGGAACAACACAAAUCAGAAUUACAUGAGUUGCAAGAGGAUGACGACAAGGAUGUUCAAGAUUCCUUGUUAAAAACUGCAAACACAAGAAAAGCUCAUAGUCCUGGAAUUCCAAGUAGAAUUGUUACAGGAGAGAUUGGUAAUCCAAGCGCAGACCAAAUUGCUGCGGCAUCCCAAAAAAUGGGAAUGAAUUUCAAGCCUGACCUUAAACACAAGCUCAAGUUCUUUAACCCGUGGCAUAUUCUGGGAAUUAUUUCCAACGUAUUAUGCCUUGUUUCAAGUGCCAUGGUAUUUGCCAAUGUUGCUUACCAAUACUUCUCGUUGGAUGCAACAAAUAUCCUACUUGGUUUGAGCUCAAUAUUUGUAUGGGCAAAUAUUGUUCAAUACCUUUCACACAGCCCUAAAUUUUACGUUCUCAUCAAGGCCUUAAGAAAAGGUUUACCAAAUAUUGGACGAUUCAUUAUUGGUGCUGCUCCAUUAUUAAUUGGCUACGCUCUUUGUGGUAUGGUGUUAUUUGGCUCUUACACUUCCAAUUUUCAAGGAUUCCAGAAUUCUAUUGUCACUCUCUUCUCAGCAGCCAAUGGAGACUCCCUCAUUGACGUGUUUUCAUCCCUCUACGGACAAAAUAUUGUUAUUGCCUACUUUUCUAGACUUUAUCUAAUUACCUUUGUUUGCCUCUUUACUUACAGUGUUAUCAACAUUUUCAUUCUCAUCAUGGAGGAUGCUUACUUUAGCGUAAAAGAAAAUAAUAUGAAAAAGGAGGCUGCAGAAGCAGCUGCUAAAGCUAUCGAGGAGUUUAAGAAAAGUCAUACGAAUCAUGGUGAUGAUAAUAAUGAGGACAAUAGUACAAACAUGCUUGGACAUCACUCAGAUACCAUGAGCAAAGGCAAAAUAGCUCAGCAAACAGAUGACGUCGAUGACGAUAUGGAAAGACUUCAACAAGAACGAUUCAAAAUUGAUGAGUUGAUCAACUUGUUGAGCGAACUGAGAAGUGGUCAACUUCUUGGCGAUCCAGACGACCAAGAUCCUCAAACAAUUAUUCAACAAAAGAGAUUAAGUGAAAAACUUACUCGACUGUUGGUUAAUCGAAACCUUAAGAAGAUUCGACGAAAGAAGAGUACUGGAGAAGAGCCUUACAAAACCAUUCUUAGUAGUUCAUUCAGGAAGGAACCAACUGGAGGAGAUGAACCAAGAAAGAAAAAGGAAACCAAGUUCAACUUGGAUCUCAACGAAUCUAUUGAUGAUGUCUCUAUUAUCGAAGGGGAUGACGAUGAUGAUCUGGGCUCUCCACCAACACCAAGAAAUUAA